ACCCCCCAAAAGCCAACCCCUAUAUCUCACCAUCUCCUGAUCAAAAAACAGGCCAAUGCUCCUUCCCAGAUCCCACCCUACCAUUUCGCUUAGGGCCUUCGACAUGGAUAUGAUGGUGCACAAACUCGUUCUCCACGCCUGCGUUCUGCUUCUUUCUUCUUCAUUUGGGUUUGUUGUUGUGCGUGGUGCCCCGAUGGCAUCAUGCGCUCAAACCCCGUAUCCCGAAACGUGCCACUAUUUCAUCGGCACCGAGCUGCUGUCGGAACUCGACCGGACUGAGUUUUCUUUCCGUGAUGUGGCCCUCAAGGUAGCUAUGAGCGAAGCUCUGCGAGCUCAUGAGCUGGUGUCCUCCAUGGACCCGAGCUCCUUCGAUGAGCGAACUAGGUUGGCCUGGUCCGACUGCAUUGAGCUCUAUGAGGACUCGGUGCGGUUGCUCAAUCGCUCCGUGAGCUCAAAAAAGCCUAGCGAUUCUCAAACGUGGCUAAGCGCUGCGAUCACAAACCACCGAACUUGCCAAAAUGGGUUUAACGAGUUCAACUUAGCAUCUCACUUAGAAUCCUUCCCUUUGAUGUUGAGCAACUUCUCUAAGUUGCUUAGUAACUCCCUAGCAAUAAAUAAGGUCUCGUCUUCUUCUUAUUCGCCAGCAAGGGUUUCGUUUAGUAAACAAGUCAGGGGUAGACGGUUGCUCGGCGAUCACGAGAAGUUUCCAUCGUGGGUUUCAGCCUCCGAUCGGAAGCUUCUUCAAACGGCCAGGGCACCGGCCAAAGCCGACCUUGUAGUGGCAAAAGAUGGCUCAGGGAACUAUAAGACUAUCUCGGAGGCGGUGGCAGCAUCAUCUAGUAAGAGAAGCGGGAGUUCGAGAUUCGUUAUAUAUGUUAAAGCAGGUGUAUAUAGUGAGAAUGUGGAGGUUAAAAGGUCCAUGAAGAAUCUGAUGAUCGUUGGAGAUGGGAUUGACGCUACUAUCGUUACUGGCAAUAAGAAUGCUCAAGAUGGUUCGACAACUUUCAGGUCCGCAACUUUCGCUGUUAUGGGUGACGGAUUCAUAGCACGGGACAUAACCUUCCAGAACACGGCUGGGCCGCAGAAACACCAAGCUGUGGCGCUCCGCUCUGGUUCGGAUUUCUCGGUCUUUUACUCUUGCAGCUUCAAGGGCUAUCAAGACACCUUGUACGUCUACGCUCAACGCCAGUUCUACCGUGACUGCGACAUCUAUGGGACUCAAGACUUCAUUUUUGGGGAUGCCGUGACUGUCCUCCAGAACUGUAACAUCUACAUAAGGAAACCGAUAAGUGGCCAGAUAAACACAGUCACGGCUCAAGGGAGGAGCGACCCGAACGAGAACACGGGCAUCAUUGUCCACAACUCUCGCGUUACGGCUUCCUCAGACAUGAAGCCUGUGCAAGGCUCGUUCAAAAACUACCUCGGGCGGCCGUGGCAGAAGUAUUCGAGGACCGUGUUCAUGAGGACCUUCUUGGAUAGCUUGAUUGCCCCUCAGGGCUGGUAUCCAUGGAGCGGUAGUUUCGCCUUGAGCACUCUGUACUAUGGCGAGUACAUGAACACUGGUGGCGGCGCAGGUACCGGUGGGAGAGUGAAUUGGCCAGGGUAUCACGCGACGAUGAGCGCAACAGAGGCGGCAAAGUUCACAGUUGGGAACUUUUUGGCUGGAAACUCGUGGCUUCCAGCAACCGGAGUGCCGUUCUCAGCCGGCCUGUGAGAUGAUGUUGUGGGGAUGAUUUUCUUUUAGGUCUUUCUGCAAACUCCCCUAGGAGUUGUGGGUAUGUGUCAAAUAUGUGUAAAUAUGAUAGGGACAUUCGCCAUCAAGUUGGGAAAAUGUGGACCGUCCUGUACUUUUGUGUAAUGGUAUUGUUGCGAAUAUAAAGUAAGGGAAGAUGCCUUUGGUUUCUUCGCUUUGUCAA